UAUAAAAGGGUUAAACCACUUCAAUCAAUCAUUCCAAGUGCGUGGUCCACUAAAAACACAACAACAAUGAUCAGCAAAUUCUCCAUCCUCUGUUUGGUAGCUUGCGCUACAGCAGUCCCAAUUUUUGAGCCUGUUGCUCAAUCCUACUCCUCUCAAACCAAACACACUACAGUUACCAAUGGAGCAGCUCUAAUCAGUCAUGUAGCUCCAGUAGCUGCUGUACAUGCUCCUGCUAGUUCCUACUCAUCAGUAACUUUCGGACACUCCUCUGUACAAGCUGCUCCAGCCAUCUCAUACUCUGCUCCAGUCUACCACGCCGCCCCAGUAUACCAAUCUGUCCCAGUUGUUCAUGCUGCUCCUGUAGUACACUCUGUUCCUGUAGUACACGCUGCACCUGUUGUCCACGCUCCUAUUGUACAAACAUCAAUCCAUGCCGUACCUGUGUACAAACACGUCCAAGAAGAGAUUGAUGCUCCUGCUUACUACCAAUACAAAUAUGGAGUUGAAGACCACAGCACUGGUGACAUCAAAUCCCAAGAAGAAUCUCGUGAUGGUGAUGUAGUCAAGGGUUCCUACUCCCUCCAUGAAGCUGAUGGUACCAUCAGAACUGUUAAAUACUCAGCUGAUAAGAAUGGAUUCAAUGCUGAUGUACAGAAAUCUGGACAUGCUGUUGUUAGCCAUGUAGCUCAAGCUCAUGCUCUUCUUACACCUGUGUACCACAUUGCCGUACUCUGCCUGGUAGCAUACGCUUCAGCAGUUUCAGUUUAUGAACCAGUAGCCCAAUCAUACUCAACCCAAACAAAGCAUACCACCCUUCAUACUGCUGGUGCUCUUGUUAGUCAUGUUGCUCCAGUAGCAGCAGUACAUGCUCCAGCUAGUUCAUACUCAACGGUAUCUUUUGGACAAUCUUCUGUACACGCUGCUCCAUCUGUUGCUUAUUCUGCGCCAGUUUACCAUGCCGCUCAAAUCUACCAUUCUGCUCCCGUAGUACACUCCGCUCCAGUCUACCAUGCUGCUCCUGUAGUACACUCCGCUCCAGUUUACCAUGUUGCUCCUGUAGUACACUCUGCACCAGUUGUCCAUAUUGUGAAACAAGACGAAGAACAUAAUGCUCCUGCUCACUACCAAUACAAAUAUGGAGUUGAAGACCACCACACCGGUGACAUCAAAUCCCAAGAAGAAUCUCGUGAUGGUGAUGUAGUCAAGGGUUCUUACUCUCUCCAUGAAGCUGAUGGUACCAUCAGAACUGUCAAGUACACUGCUGAUAAAAAUGGAUUCAAUGCUGAUGUACAGAAAUCUGGACAUGCUGUUGUCAGCCAUGUAGCUCCAACUCAUACUCUUCUUACACCUUUCUACCACUACAUUAAUCGUGUUCAAACCGUCAAGACUACAAAGAUGUUCAGUAAAAUUGUCUUCCUCUGCUUAGUAGCUUACGCUACCGCAGUUUUCGAACCAGUUGCUCAAUCAUACUCAUCCCAAACAAAGCAUACCACCCUUCAUACUGCUGGUGCUCUUGUUAGUCACGUUGCUCCAGUAGCUGCAGUACAUGCUCCAGCCAGUUCUUACUCAACAGUAUCUUUUGGACAAGCUUCUGUACAUGCUGCUCCAUCUGUUGCUUAUUCUGCUCCAAUUUACCAUGCCGCUCCAGUCUAUCAUGCUGCUCCUGUAGUACACUCUGCACCAGUUUACCAUGCUGCUCCUGUAGUACACUCUGCACCAGUUUACCAUGUUGCUCCUGUAGUACACUCUGCACCAGUUGUCCAUGUUGUGAAACAAGACGAAGAACAUAAUGCUCCUGCUCACUACCAAUACAAAUAUGGAGUUGAAGACCACCACACCGGUGACAUCAAAUCCCAAGAAGAAUCUCGUGAUGGUGAUGUAGUCAAGGGUUCUUACUCCCUUCAUGAAGCUGAUGGUACCAUCAGAACUGUCAAAUACACUGCUGAUAAAAAUGGAUUCAAUGCUGAUGUACAGAAAUCUGGACAUGCUGUUGUAAGCCAUGUUGCUCCAACUCACUCUAUUCUGACAUCUUUGUUCCACCAUUAAGUUUUCUUGUGUUAUUGUUGAUUAUUAUUUAGUGUUUGUUUCUUCUAUUUUGUAUAUAAUAAAAAAUUAUAUCUA